CUCUUAUUUGAAAAGAGUUUCAAAUCUUUUUGGAUAACUUCGAACUGGCGUUUGUUUCUAUCAUCACACAAACUGAGGGUGUAUAUAUAUAUAUAUAUAGGAGAAGCAGAAAACAGAUUUUAUUCCCUUUUUGAGAGAGAUCGAUCGGAGUUUGGAAAGAAAGAGGAAGCUUCAAAAAUAGAGGAAAAGAGAAAGAGAGAAUGGAGACGGAGAAGGGAAGAAAUUCUACCUCGAUCUUGAUCACCGUAUUCCUGUUGUGUGUGUCUGCAGAUGGAGCUAGGCAAGUACCUUAUACAAUCAACACCAACAAUGGCAGGUUGCUAUCGUCCUCGGAUUCCGAUGUUGGUUUCUGCAAAUCAAUGGUGGAGACACAAGGUUACUCUUGUGAAGAGCACACCGUGACAACAACGGAUGGAUAUAUUCUUAGUUUGCAGAGGAUUCCGGCAAGGAGGACUGGCGUGACAGCAGACAAACCUCCUGUUCUUUUGCAGCAUGGGUUGUUGGUAGAUGCAGCAAACUGGCUGCUGAACACCCCAGAACAAUCCUUGGGAUUCAUUUUGGCUGAUAAUGGAUACGAUGUUUGGCUUGCAAACACCCGGGGGACUAAAUAUAGCAGUGGACACACGUCGCUUAGUCCGAGUGAUCCGGCUUACUGGGAUUGGUCGUGGGAUGAAUUAGCCGCUUAUGAUCUUCCUGCUUCAGUCCAAUAUGUUCAUGACCAAACAGGCCAGAAUCUGCACUAUGUUGGUCACUCCUUGGGAACUCUGAUGGCUCUGGCUGCUUUUUCCCAACAGCAGUCACUGAACAUGAUAAGAUCAGCUGCUUUGUUAUCUCCUAUAGCUUACCUGGAUCAGAUCACCACACUUCUUGGAAAAGCUGCUGCUUAUUCUAUGAUAGGCGAUGUCUUGUACUGGUCGGGCGUCCAUGAAUUCAUUCCAGGAGGGGAAACUGUAACCAAAUUUAUAAAUGGGAUUUGCCUGACAACGAACAUCGAUUGUUCCUCAAUAACGUCUGCUAUUGCUGGCCCGCCUUGCUGUAUUAGUCCCUCCACCAUGGAUGCGGUUUUUAAGUAUGGACCUCAGCCAACGGCAACCAAGAACAUGCUCCAUUUAGCACAGAUGGUUCGACAAGGGACCAUAGCAAUGCACGAUUAUAGAAGCGAAGAUGACAACAAAAAACACUACAGGCAGCCCAAGCCUCCCGUAUACAACAUGUCAAGCAUCCCGAAUGACCUUCCUCUUUUCCUUGCCCAUGGAGGGCAGGACUACCUAUCUGAUCCCGUAGAUGUGCAGACACUGAUGGGUGCUCUUAGCGAUCAUGAUGCCGAUAAGCUUGUAGUACUUUACCUGGAGGAGUAUGCACAUUUGGACUUCACUCUGGCUGGAAAUGCGAAUCAAGUUGUGUAUGAUCCUAUCAUGGGCUUCUUCAGUCUCAACUGAGAGCAUUUGUCACGAAAUACCGAAAAUAUUGUACACGAAUACUCCUUUCGAAUUUUCAAACAUAAUUGGUAUGUAGUGAGGUUGUUGGAUUGGGUACUUGCAACAAUUGUAUGUACUGGGCCAGCAUUUACUUAAAUAAAUAUGAAUAAAACA